GUGAAUUCUCGUUCGGCUUGAGCAGCAGCAACAGCUCAUCGCAACAACAGUCGCAGUCACUCAUUGAACACGUUUGGUUGUUGAACGGUCGGUUGAUAUUCGCCGGAUUGACGUACGUAGAUGUUCACGCGGCAAAUGGGCAAAUGAACUUUUCAAACCCUUCGCGCCAUUAACGUUUCAAAUAAAAAGAAAAGAAAAAAACAGUUGCGCGUAUUAAAUAUUCUGUGCAACAGGAUUUUCGGCAGUGAUUUAAGUGAUUUAUUUUAGUACAGUCGAAUUUAAGAAGCAGCCUCCUUAUUGUGUUCUGUCAUCUCCUUGUUUUGUGGCGCGAAAAUGCUUUAAAGCGUUUGCUACCGAGCAGCUGCAGUGGAAUACAAUUGAAAAAAGAUUUGCACACAAAUAGCGAUAGACACGCACACGCCCUCAUACACACCUGCAUGCAUACGUAUGUGUGUAGCACUAGAAUCGGUAUUUAAUCGCCAAUUGAUCACCAAUAUAAAUAACAACGGCAUCGCACCGCAACAACGGCAAAUAUUUCGUUUAGCCCAGACCAACUAUCGACUUGCUAGCCAAAAGGAUUAUUAAUAAAAAUUACUCACAAACAUGGAGACUGAAUCACUUAAUCGAAAAAAUUCUUCACGAAAAAGUUCGGUAGUUAAUGGCCAUGGCGAUGGGUCAGCUAAGGUGACGGCGGAAAAUGAGGGCGGCGGUGGUGGUGAUGCUGCUGGCGGUGAGGUGACAUUGAAGGCGAAAAUGAGUUUGAUCAAUGGAUGCACUGUGAUCGUCGGUUCCAUCAUUGGUUCCGGUAUCUUCGUCUCGCCCACGGGUGUACUCAUGUACACGGGCAGCGUCAAUUUGUCGCUGAUUGUAUGGAUCAUUUCCGGUCUCUUUUCGAUGGUUGGUGCCUACUGUUACGCCGAAUUGGGCACAAUGAUCACCAAGUCCGGAGCAGAUUACGCCUACAUCAUGGAGACAUUUGGUCCUUUCAUGGCCUUCAUACGUCUCUGGAUCGAGUGCAUGAUUGUACGACCCUGUUCACAGGCCAUUGUGGCGCUCACCUUCAGUGUUUAUGUGAUGAAGCCAUUCUUUCCAGAGUGCCAGCCACCAGAUGAUUCGGCGCGCAUGUUGGCGGUGUGUUGUAUAUUGGUCUUAACUUUUAUCAACUGCUGGGACGUCAAAUGGGCCACCGCUGUGCAGGACAUCUUCACAUAUGCCAAGCUGUUGGCGCUCUUCAUCAUCAUCGCCACCGGCGUCUACCAGCUGUACUUGGGCAAAGUGGAAUAUUUUACAUUCGAGAAUACAGACACACGAGUCACAUCACUAGCGCUGUCCUUCUACUCCGGAUUGUUUGCCUACAACGGCUGGAAUUAUUUGAACUUCAUUAUUGAGGAGCUUAAGGAUCCUGUAAAAAAUUUGCCCCGCGCCAUUGCCAUCUCAUGUACGUUGGUCACCAUUGUCUAUGUGAUGGCCAACGUUGCCUUCUACACCGUACUUUCACCCGAAGAGGUUUUAGGCUCGGCCGCUGUAGCUGUGACGUAUGCGGAACGCGCAUUUGGCAUAUUUGCGUGGACGGUGCCAGUAUUCGUUGCCCUCUCUACCUUUGGCGCAGUGAAUGGCAUUUUGCUCACCUCUUCACGUCUGUUCUAUGCUGGCGCUAACGAGGGUCAAAUGCCUGAAAUCUUGACAAUGAUACAAAUACAACGAUUCACACCCACACCUGCCGUUUUGAUAAUGGCGCUACUAUCGAUGUUGUACCUGACCGUCUCGGAUAUUUUUGCGCUUAUCAACUAUGUGGGCUUUGCCACUUGGCUAAGCAUAGGCGUUUCCGUUCUCUGUCUACCCUGGUUACGUUACGCCCAACCGAAUCUGCCACGCCCCAUACGCGUGCCGCUCAUUUUCCCCAUCAUCUACCUACUUGCCACCAUUUUUGUUACCGUUGUGCCCAUGUAUGCUAGUCCCGUCGAAACCGGUUAUGGGAUCCUAAUGAUUUUGAGCAGCAUACCAGUUUAUUUGGUAUUCAUUGCGUGGAAAAACAAACCGAUUUGGUUCCAGAAGACAAUGGGUGGAUUCACACAAGGACUGCAAAAAGUAUUGAUGGUUGUUCGUCCAAAAGCUUCCGCUUCAAAGUAAGCCUCACUCGUUUCCUGCAGAAGACGCUAAUGGUAGUCGGUAAAAGUAAACCAGCUCAGGUGUAAAUGUCAUAACCACGGACCUUCAUACAAGUGCACACACACACACAAAUACACGUAUAAACAUAUGUAUGUAUGUAUGUGCAUACAUUUCUGUACAAUUCCACAAAGCAUUUAUGAAUUUGUAUGGCGCAAGCUCCCAUAAACGUGAUUAUACAGACAUAUUGGACUAACUGUAAUGGAUGAUGCCAAGCAAGCUGAAAUAUCCGACACUACACUGCACUACACUCCACUAUACAUAAUAAAAAUAUGAUACUAAAAGGCUUUCGUGAAGUUAGAACCGUUAUACAAUAUACAUACAUAAGUACAGCUGUAAAGUUUUAGAGAACUGAGCAGAUAUAAAAGAUUGUUUAACAAGGUUGCACACAUAAAUUGAUAUUCGAAUUUUUAGGGGGGACCAAACCAAAAACCAAACGUUAAUGUUUAAUAGUGAAAGACAAAAGCAAAUUCCAAAAGAAACUCAGCGUGUAUUCGUUUGCUUGCUUGCAUAAAGUUGUCAUAUUUUAAUUUUUGCAUAAAAUCCAAAAAAAAAUGUAUUAAGAUAAGAUGGGAAAAUUCAUUUUGAAUAUUCGCUUAGUUAUAUUCUAUUACACAUACAAAUGCAUGUGGGUAGGCAGAGCCAUGCAUGCUUACCCUACUCGUAUGCUGUGACUACCCCUAAUGGUCGAAAACGUUCCAGUGCUGCAGACAUUAUUUAGGAGCUUUAAGGGAUCAACUUUUCAUGUACACACACGUAUAUGUAUGUGUGUAGGUGCACACAUGCAUAAGUGUACAUGCAUGUAUGCAUUUUUAUAAGUCGGUAUGUACAUACAUAUGUAUUUAUGUAGGUGGCAUACUUUUAAAAAGUUUAACAUUUUUGUAUUUUAAGUAAAAUUUUUGUAUUUUAAUUAAAACAAUUUUGUAUUUUAAAUUAAGUUUUUUAAUAUUAUUUUCGCAUCACGCAUACUUUCAUAUUUUUGUUUUUAAUUAUGUAUACUAGUA